CUGCAGAGAGACACCAGAAAAGAAGAACUCCGCUGGUUUUCCGGGUUGACGUCUGUGUGCUCCUAAGAGGGAGUUCUGCUGUUCAAGAUGCUGCUGGUUCUAUCUGAAGAACAUAAAGAACACUUGGCCUUCUUACCGAAGGUAGACACUAAAGUGGUUGGAGAAUUUGGUCGCAUAACAAUGGAGUUCCUACGGAGAGGAACUAGCCCUAAGAUAUAUGAGGGAGCAGCCAAAAAACUGUGUGUUCCAGUCGAAAUAGUACAGCAUGGAGUGGAAGGCCUGAUGUUUCUGAUGUUAGAGAGCUCCAAACACAUGCUCUCUGAAGUGGAUUUCUUGGACUCAGUCUUGGUGUUGGGGUUUGAUGAAGAGCUUAACCAGAUCCUCUUACAGCUCUACCUGCAGCACCACAAUCAGAUCCGCAGUAUCCUGAGUCAUCUGCCUUCCAGUCUGCCUGCCUAUCACAACCUGGAAUGGAGACUAGAUAUACAGUUGGCAAGUCGUUUGUGCCGUCAGCAGGUGAUUCCUAUGCUGACAAUGCGUCUGCUCCUGACAAGAGGUUGUGACAGCCACAGUGAUUACAGCAGCAGAGUUCUUCAAGCAGAUCCCAGCACCCUCCUGUAUCUUAUCUCCACACUGGAGGCAGCUUUGGCUGCCAUUAAAACAAGCCACGGUCGCCGCAUAUUGCGCAACAUUAAAUGAUCCUCCCAGAUUGUAAUUUCUGUGUGACAUGUUUCUCCUGCCCCCUGCAAAACACCACAUUGUGGCCUUUAUACAUGGAAAGCAUUUAUCUGUGUUUUUCAGUGUGGUGUGCAGUGCGGAAUGUUUUUUUUUUGUUGUUGUUUUUUCAUUCUGUCCUGGAUGUUAACAUUUCUUUUUAUCCCAAGUCAGGUUGUUUGCCAAAUUGUAUUGACUUUAUUAUAUGCAAUGUUUCUACAGUGCUUUUGAUAUUGCAUUAAAAUGUAAAACUAUAAUAAUUCCAAUGCCAUUUUUGUGGUUUGUCAAAGCCAUGCAAAGGCACAGAUUCAUGGGUUUGUAGAUGACACCUGGAGUUUAGAACCUGCACUAACUAUGGAUGUGGUGCACAGGACUGCACUGUGGAAGGACCACUGAUCAUUUUCUGAUGCAGAUGGGCUGGACAGUCUUUCACAGCAUGCUACUAUGGUUUUUAUCUGGGUUUUAAAUCUGUCUCUAUUGUCUUCCACCCCUAAAUACAUCCCAGCUUCCCCUAUCAGAUAUCAGAUACCAGUUAUAAAUAGAGAGGAUGAUUUUUUUAGUGAACAUAGUGAAAAAGCAUUCUUCGAACAACCACAUUCUUAUAGUUUCUCUCUACUGAUUGACUCCGUCAUGUAAACUGUGCUCUAAAAUUGUGAAUGCAGCAAACACAGCCACAGAUGCAUUCAAAGCAACCUUUAAUGAUUUUGUCUCUUUACACAGCUCUUUGUUUUGUUUUUUUUCCACCACUAUAAAUGUAUAAAUGCAUAUGUCUGAUUUUAUUAUCAUCUAAGUACAUGGACAAGCUCUAGGAGGUACAGUUGCUGCACUCAGGUUUAUUAAAGGAGAUCCAUUUCCCGGAUGCAUCUCACUAAACCAAAACCCUGAAAACUCAAUUUUGUGAAAAGGCAGGGAGGACUUUACUUUGUUCUAAUAUCGCUCUGACAAAAGAGAUCUUUAUUUAUCUCAGUGAGACUUCCUGAAUACAUACAACUUUAUUAAGUGAAAUCACAUCAAGUGGCAGCAGACUAUGAAAAUUCAUUUGGUGCCACAUUUAACUCAUGCAUAUUAUGCUUUGUUUUUAUGUAUGCUUUUGUCUCUCCAUUGAGCACUACAAUGGAAAUAAAUGUUAUUAUGCUAAAUUAGUAAAGAUAUUUUCCUUUGUAUUUACAUUUACAUUUCAACAUUUUGAAAUCCUAGCUCUUUGUACUUAAAGAUGUGGUCAGAGCCAGAUCAGUUGAAACAUCUCAGUUGCUUCCUGGGGAACAGGAGACAGAGCAAUUUACUUUUCAGAGACGGAUUUUUUUAAAUCACAGGAGUUGGCUAAAAGCUUUAGACAGUACUCUCCAAGACGCUCAUUCUGAAAUGGCACUCCAAGUGUAACCCUAAUCCUAACUUCUGGAAACUGAACUAUCUGACCACAGAAUCUUCUUCCAGUUCCUGGCUAUCCAGUUCUUGUGUACUUGGGCCCAACAGCGCUGGGCUAACCUCAGUCUCUCAUUGACCAGGGAUUUCUUGACAGCCCCUUAAAUCACAAUUAAAGAAACAAUUACAGUCUCCCAAACUUUCUUUGGAUUAUCUUGAGGCCAUCGUAAUACUUCAUUACAUGGUUGUUCUUUUCACUUGCUCCACAUUAGUAUGUGAGAAUUGUGGUUUGCAUCAAACAUGGCUGUAUGAAUCUCGUGUGUGAAUGGUAAUCCUGAAUAAUGUCCCUGAUGGCCCCUCAUACUCGAUGUUCCAUCUGCAUAAAUUGUGCUAAGCUGCUCUCAGUUUGGAGAUCAUAAUGAUUUUGCUGCUGUGUGAUGCAACAGCUGUUAAACAAGUUAAACGUUAAAGAAAAGAGGACAUCAUUCAACAUUUGUCUUUUUAUAUGGGUUGUUCAUCCUGUGAUACUGAGGGGAAUGAAGCUGGGCUCUGAUAGGGUGUAAUUUGGAGACAGAGUUCAGGUCUGGUGGGUUCUGGUCUAGUUUAAGCCCUGGGAUCCCCAAAGUGUUUAGUACUAAAUAACUAAAAAUAUGAACACAAUGAAAUAAAUGAAGAAAUCGCCUUUUCAGAAAAUCAAUACUAUAAGGACAAAUGUCGGAAAUAUCCCGACGUGUUUCAAUUAUUAACUUAUUACAUGAAAUAAUAUUGCUUCUUUUCAUAAUCCAUGAACAGAUUGCAAUGGAUUACCAGGCAUUUUAAGGGUCAUUCCAGAACUGGAGCACAUUGUCCCACCCACCAAUGACCAAACUGAAUCUAAACAAAAAAAAAAACAACAAAAAAAAAACUGUUAAAAUGAAACUUAAAUCUCCUUCUUUUUUGCUAUUAUUUUUUCAUUGAUGUCUCUUGUAAUUGUGGGGAAAAAUUUUUUAAUCAAUAUAAUAUUUUAAAUAAUAAUUAUUAUUCACGCAACCGUUUUACCAUAACCUUACAUUGUCAGCCUUGAUUGAAUGUCUCACUCUACCAUGCAAUCCUUUUUGUUUAGGUUUUGCGUACUUUUGUAUUAAGUUUGGUUUAGUUUUUCCCCAGUUUAGUUUCCUGUUCUUCCUUGAGUUGAGUAUUGUUUUUUGAUAAGGAAUAAAUUUAUUUGAAACUUC